UGGCUUGAAGGAAAGGUUGAGAGGAGGGGCAAAUUUCACCAAAAUCAGCAUGUGAGAGGCGUAUAGCAACUUGCAAGCAAAGAUUAGUUACGGAAUACUAGCCCAACUAGUACUUCACCGAACGGCUCUGCUGUACCAGCUACCCUCUAACCACAGGUGAGGUGAGCUGUCCCGUUGCCCCUCCAAACCGCAGGUGAGGAGCAGUCGAACAUCGUUGCCUGCUGCUCGGCCCAGCCAGAUCUCCGAUGGCCGCCGCACCCGUGGCCCCGCCGCCGGCGUCCGCGGACGACGAGAUCGUGUACGAGUCCAUGCCCUGCAUCCGCGUCUACAAGAACCGCGUGGAGCGCUACUUCGGCACCGAGUUCGUCGCCGCGUCCACGGACGCCGCCACGGGCGUCGCCUCCAGGGACGUCGUCAUCUCCCCCAACGUCUCCGCGCGCCUCUACCUCCCGCCGCGCCUCGACGACGGGAGCGCCGCCAAGCUCCCCAUCCUCGUCUACUACCACGGCGGCGGCUUCUGCCUCGGCUCCGCCUUCAACCCCACCUUCCACGCCUACUUCAACACCUUCGCGGGCCUCGCCAACGUCCUCGUCGUCUCCGUCGAGUACCGUCUCGCCCCGGAACACCCCGUCCCCGCCGCCUACGCCGAUUCCUGGGACGCGCUCACCUGGGUCGUCUCCCACCUCGCCGCCGACGACUCCGACAACCGGGACCCGUGGAUCGCGGGCCACGCCGACUUCUCCCGCCUCUACCUGGGCGGCGAGAGCGCGGGGUCCAACAUCGCGCACCACAUGGCGAUGCGCGUCGCCACGGAGGGCGGGCUGGCGCACGGCGCCCGGAUCCGGGGCCUCGUCAUGAUCCACCCUUACUUCCUGGGCACCGACAAGGUUCCCUCCGACGACCUCAGCCCGGAGGUGCGCGAGAGCCUGGGGUCCCUGUGGCGCGUCAUGUGCCCGACCACCACGGGGGAGGACGACCCGCUCAUCAACCCGUUCGUGGACGGCGCGCCGCCGCUGGCGUCCCUGGCGUGCAGCCGCGUGCUCGUGUGCGUCGGCGAGGGCGACGUGCUCCGCGACCGCGGCCGCAACUACUACGACCGGCUCACGGCCAGCGGGUGGCCCGGCGAGGCGGAGAUCUGGCAGGCGCCAGGCAAGGGACACACGUUCCACCUCCUGGAGCCAAGCUGCGACGAGGCCGUCGCGCAGGACAAGGUCAUCAGCGACUUCCUCAACCGCUGACUCGCCUCGCCGGCGGUGGCUGGUGGCGUUGUUGGAUCAAAUUUAGCUUCGUUCAUUGUAUACUCGGAGAUCGGAAUAACUGCAGCUUCGUCGUCGCAGAUGAAGAUUGCUGGCGCUACACUACUUACUUUACUUCUAUAGUAGUACAUUUCAGGUUCAGAGUUGUGUUUGUAUUCUUUGAAAUUGGGUGUAAGGAUGGAUGAAGGGGGAUUUGCCAUUGUUAGUAGGCAAUGGUGCUCAUGUAUUGCACCUGGUAAUUUGGGGAUGACGAUACAGUCAUAGUGUCAUACAGAUGAAAUUAUACUUGUUGGACACACAGAAUUUUGUUGAAACAUGUAUUUAUUCCAUCUUUUACUAGCA